AAGAGGAGAGGGAGCGUACACAGCGGCGGCUGGCGGCGGCGGCGGCUUCCGCUUCCGGGUCGCCUCCUGGCUGGUGUGGAAGCGAGGCGCGGGCGGGGCGAGAGGCAGAUUGACUCGCCGCUGCUGGAGCCGCGACCGCCGUCCUCGCCUUCGCCAUGCCCAAAGGAGGGAGAAAAGGAGGCCACAAGGGCCGAGCGAGGCAGUACACCAGCCCCGAGGAGAUCGACGCCCAGCUCCAAGCCGAGAAGCAGAAGGCCAAAGAGGAAGAGGAGGCAGAGCAGGAGGGAGGCGAUGGGGCGUCCGCAGAGCCCAAAAAGGAUAAGAAGUCGCUAGAUUCCGACGAGAGCGAGGAGGAGGAGGAGGAUGAAGAUUAUCAGCCAAAGCACAAAGGAGUGGAAGGCAUGAUAGACAUCGAGAACCCCAAUCGCGCUGCACAGACGGCCAAAAAAGUCACUCAGAUAGAUAUGGAGAGCCCACGGGAACUAUCGCGGAGGGAGCGAGAAGAAAUUGAAAAACAGAAAGCGAAAGAACGCUACAUGAAAAUGCACCUCGCCGGAAAGACGGAACAGGCCAAGGCGGAUCUCGCCCGGCUAGCAAUCAUCCGGAAACAGCGGGAAGAAGCAGCCAAAAAAAAGGAGGAGGAAAGAAAAGCUAAAGACGAAGCCUCUGCGACCGGCAAACGAUUGCAGUCGCUGUCCCUCAACAAGUAAGUGCGGGCCAGGCGAGAGGAGGGAAUUCCCAGGAGCCGUGCCUGGCGGAUGCCUGUCGGGAACUCCGCUGCAUCACACCUGCGCGAGGCCGGGCGAAAAGGGCUGCGGCAUUGUCUUCACCUCCAAGAGACACUGACAGCGACACGUUUGUCUUCAUCCGGGCACAGAAUUUCCAUUGGGAGGGCAGGGGGAUGGGGUGGGGAAACAGGGCGGGCAGGGGUGGGGCAGCAAUCAAACUCCCGGCGCGGAAUUGUCAGGAGCAGCGCUUCUCCACAGGAGCCGUUUCGAGGGGGAUUCAACCCAAACGGUUUGGUUUUCGGUUUUUCUUUUGCUGUGUGUUAAGCGUACAGAUCACAUAUCCGGGGGUAGCAUGGAAAAAAGGACAGGAAAGAAAGCAGAAAUGAGGUGGGGGCGGUAGACUUGGUGUGCAGAUCCCAGGGGGCGGGCGAUGGGGGGGUGUCUGUCCGUGGACCAACCCAGGGGGCUCGAGCUGCAGGGCGGCCAGAAAGGAUUCAGAGCUGACCCGUGACGCCGCUCCUUCGGGUUUCGUUCCCAUUUUACCUCCCCGCCCCCAUCUUACCUUUUUGAAGGCAGUCUCUCCCCCUCCCCCCCCCUCCAAAAACCAGGAUGGUGACUUUUUAAUUGCAAACAACAAAAAAGAACCCACCCUUCUCGAUAGCGCGACACGUUGGACAAGAAGAUGCAAAUUGGAAACA